UCACUUCAGAGGGAGCCGUUUCUCACAAUGAGUAAUUACCAAUAGUGUCCACUGCCUUUAAAAGAGUACAAAUCUUAAUAGAUAUUAAACAUUAAACAAGGAAAACAAAAAGAGGCAUAUAAUUUCAUGAUUGGGAGAAAUUAAUCCAAAUCCAGGUAGCUUUGAGCGUUCAAACAAUUCAAAUAUUAUAUAGCAAAGGUUUGCGGUAACACCAUAAUGAUAAUCCCUAAACGAGUUGGGGUGGUUCUGAAAAGAACCAUUGGUUUCAACUCGACGUUCCGACCCGUAUGCUCUAAUCACCUUCUGGAGAAAGACUAUCGUAUUUCAAACCCCUGCAAAGUUUCAACUCCUUGCGUGUUGAUACUGACAAUGUAUUUGGUGUACCAGUAAGAGACUGUGGGCAGGAAGGUAUCAAACACGGAUGUGAGUCAACAGGAAUCAUCAAUGAAUACUUAAUUUUUACUCAACCUCACAUCCAUUGUAUAGGUUUUCCAAAACACUAUACCCUGCCAGGAGGAAACGUGCUCUGUUAAAUGGAGUACUAUAUACGGCCUAUAAAAGCAACAUUAGCUACUGUACUGUAGUGACUCUUGGUCCAGUAUUAUUACGCAAAUAUAACUGCACACCAGAGAACUGCUUACCAUAGAGCAUAGAGAAAGGACCAUGGCAAGCCCUACGGUCAAAUCAGCAAAAAAUAUCGCCCAUGAUCCUAAAUGCGACAGCGUACAAAAACAUGAAGGAGAAAAGAUCCCAUACUUUCUACUUCCAUUGAUUUGUGCACGAAAACAAGAUGGUUAUAUUUUGACAGCUAUUGUUUGUCAUACAAUACAUUAGGAGGGUGUGUUCAGUACCCCCAAAAUCGUUCCAUCAAACACCAGUAGUGCCAAAACAUCAACACUGUACCUUACGUGAUAGGGGUUCGAUCAUUGUAAGAACGAGGUUGUUCAUCUUAUUCUGAGAACUACAAUCGUAUGGUUGUUCAUGUAUAGCAUAAACUUUUAGUCUGUUCGUUUCUUUUAAAACCCCACGGUAAAAUGUGGUGAUUCAAAGUCGUCGUCUUAAGUCCAUGAUGGGAAUCACGUCUUUAUAAAGUAUGAUAAUAUGACGUAUUACCACUCUUUUGAGAACGUCGCCAUGGUCCUCCUUACGCAUCUUGUGACGUCAUCGUAUGUGCUUCAAGCGUUUCUGUUCUUUGGUUCAUCAGUAAAAUGUAACAGUAACGAAAUACAAAUGGUUAAUCCAACGAGAGAUUGUCGAGCAGAAUUCGACGAGUGUCGGAGUGAGGGUAGAUCAGCAGGGGUGGUAUGCGGCACGGACGGCCAAAACUACCAUAGUGCCUGCCAUCUGUUUUAUCAAACGUGUAUUAGCGGCAAAAAUAAUCAAGUCGGAUACAUCGGGGACUGCCAAUACCAAUACGCCGACAAAGAAGCAGGAGCUGUUCGUAAGACCAAGACAGACUCUGAUGACGACGACCAAUCAGAGUUGGACACAACAUCAUCGGCAACAAGCUCAUCUGAAGAAACAACCGACGGUGGCCAAGCUGGGAAUAGGCCUACCGGGCAGCCGGGAGAAGACGAUGAAGAAGAUGAAGAAACCACUGAAGAUGAGAGCGAUGAAGACAUGACCACACCCAAGCCAACACCUCCAACAUCCCUCCCUUCGAUGCCCGCGCCGAUGUAUUGCGUUGACAAGUCAGGCCCUCAAAGCUGUAAAUGUGGCCUACAAAGGUUGGUUAGGGAACUUCCGGAGUUUCCCAAAUGCCCCCAAAACACGAAAUGUUCCUUAAGAACCAAUUGGGAAACUGAUGCCAUCCCUCCAAGGAUUCCUGGUACCGAUGGACCUCCAGUUGAAUCCCGUCUCCCGAUGGGAGCCAGGGUAGCUGUGGCGUUCUCAUCUAUAGCACUCGCAUCUAUGUUGGCGGUAGUCGCUUUCCGAUUAUACUCAUCUGGGAAUAUAACAAGGAAUCGACAGGCUUCAGAUGAGAGCCGUGAUCAAAUUGAAAUGACUCCAAAGAUCUCUGGACGGUCUGGAUCUGUACAAACAUAUACAUCAGUGUUAGCUUGAAAACUAGAAUGUUGUGAAACUUUAAAGCUUUAUUAUGCAAAUUGCACAGUAGCUUAAUGUAGAUUUGUUUUAAGGACAGAUAGCCCUCCUAGCAGUAGUCUUAAUUGUUAAUGUUCAUUUUGUUAACGUAUUGCCCUAUCAAAACACAAAAGACCCCUAGCAUUAAAAUGUAAAAGUAUUAUUAUUAUUAUUAUUACUAUUAUUAUUAUUGUUAUUAUUUUUUAUAAUGAUAAAGAAAACAUAACAUGAUAACAUCACCGGGUAAAGUGUCAAAUAACGUUUGUUAUACCUCGGUAACAAACUGUGAAGUUUGAUUGGUCGAGAACCAAUCUUGUGACGCGCAACAAAAACGCAU